UGAUUAUUUGACCGAAGACUGGCGAUUUUCACGACAGGUUACACAGCACAUGCCCUAUGUCUGUGAUUGCGUGGUAUCAACAAUCCCCUACAAGCUACACCCAUCUGAUAUCAUCGCGUUACGUCAAAUUGCAUCUUGA